AUGAAACCAACAAGGUCGAGGAGUGAGGAGGAGUUGGAAGAAGAGGAGGGAGCCACUUGGCCAAGUGGUACUGCUAGGGAAUCUGACGUCUCGAUACCCCCAUCCAUAGCGACAAGGACAGCAUAUCCACAAACCGACUCGGACCGAACAGAAACGAGCUCUAGCAAUGGGUUUGAUAGCCAAGAGUUCGGCGUCACAUUGUUCGAACUGUACACCUAUGUCCCUUCCUCCAGUGAGGAUAAUGAUGUGAGCAGUGUCGGGGCCGAAACUGAGGCUGAAAACGAUUUUAGAGAACCGACUGACGACGCCGUCAUAGAAAGAGUUCAAGGAGAAGGUGCUGCAGAGACUCCGCCCAUUAUUGUCAUCCAUACCGUCGAGGAGACAUCGGUUCUAGGAACUGAUCUUCACAUGAGAGCCGAGGUGACCGUUACAACCGUCUGCAAGGAGGAAAUAACGGAGCAACGUGAAUCUCAGGACGGAGAAACAGAUCUUAUUGGACCACAUCAACCGUUUGUAGAAUCACGGAGUUCGACAACCAGCAGCGUGCAGCUCCGACAGCAACAGCGUCGGUUCGCAAAGGUCCCGGUCGUGUCUGAAUAUUCAAAUCCGAAAUACGCAGAGUUGGAUGUAGAUGAAUCGGUCGAAUGUGGGCAGGAGAGGUCAUCGAGGGGGAGUAGAUCGUCCUUGCAAGGUGCGGCUUUGGAUCAAGAACUUGACUUGGACAUGGCAAGGCGUCGUAUACGUGGUAGAACUGAUGAAAAUGAGGAUAGGAGUGUCCGAGGCGGCUCUGCAUCUUCUCAGUCCAUUCCCUCGCGCCGAGAAGGCGAUGGUGUUGAAGGGAAUCGAGAUGGAGGCCGCAAGCAAGGAGAACAAGAGGAGGAUAUAUGGACGAGACGCCUCCGACGGCUGCAGAAACUAAAGAAUCAUACGCGUCAAUCUAAAGAUGUCCUCUAUCCUCCUCUCCCUCGCGAUGACGAGGUUGAACCGGUAGAAGAUCCAAGUCGUAACCAUCAUCAUCAACAUCAAGCGGAGGGAAAUUGCCACAUCCCACGAGCUGCCCCCCGUCAAUCCUCCUUUGUGAUGGUCGACACGACCAGCAAUCAGAUUCUCACUGACCCCUUCAUCUCGACAUCGCCACCCUCGCCCUACACCGCCUCUGCAACGCUUCCAGGCCCAAACCCACCACCCCUCCCACCUUCGAAAUCCAGCACCUCCUACGACCCUGAUGGGGUCAUGCAUCUUGCAGAAGCUGUUCGCCUCUACGGCAUACACGGUACCCAGGCGACGCAGCCGCCACGCAGCUAUCCAACACAUCCAAUAUCGACCACAUUCGCCCCAACUGGGGCCUCAGGGAGGGCGUCGCAUUCAGUCGUACCGUCAUAUGAGCGGUUUGUUCAUGGACCUGUUGAUGGUUUUGCUGGGCGAGAGAAUACGGCUCUUGAGCAAGAUCUGCGACCAAGAAGUGUGACUGAGCGACUGUGGACGACACUGUGGGGACGGGAGUCCUUCUGGGAGAGAAUGCAGCAGCAGCAGCGGCAACAGCAACAGCAGCUCCAGCAACAACAACAACAGCGGCAGGGAGAGAUGGAACUGGCGAGCCGCCGACCUACUUUACACCUUGCGCCCCCACCGCCUACAACCCCACCAUCACACAUCGUCCCACGAGUAGUCUCUACGCCAUCGACAGCUCUCUCGUCGACGAUAAUGACUGCCACAGUUUCUUCAGUGCCAUCCUCACCCUCAUCAUCACCAUCUUCGUCAUCUUCAUCAACCGCAUCACGACAGAGAACUACGAUAUCAAGGCCAUCCCUUCCACGCACGGACGCUAGAGGCUGUAAGGGGUUUAUCAUGCCUUUUUUAUCCCGAAUGCUGUGCGGCUGCGGCGGUCAGGACACACACGGAUUUCCAUUGGUGCACUCAAACGAGCCCGUUCAGCUGACGGAACAGAAUCUCCAGAACCUUGAGAACAAUGACAUUAACCACGACGCAAGCGGACAAAUCUCAGCCGGGACACCAACAGCUACUCCAUUCACUCAAGUCAUACAGAUGCCUCCAUCGUCGAGCGCGAUAGCGAGCGGUUCUCACUACUCCGAGUCGGUGCUGACGGGCCCCACAGCGGCACCAUCGGUGAUACAUCCUGAUCAUGGGAUUAACAGCAAUAGUGGCUACAGCAACAUCAUGAGAAACAUCGAUGCCAGAAACAGUAUUGUGCACCAACACCGGUUGUUCUCGCAUGAGCGACCACUGUCCUUCGUGCCGGCGAGGACCACGAGCGCAGGACUGGAGUCAUCGAGAUCACGCACAGCCAUGGAGAUCACGACGAUAUCAGUGCCUGGAACCGCAGUGGCGAAUCCAUCUUGGCUGGAUACGGCCAUUUCUCCACUACACCAUCGCAAUGUUGAGGAGCCGCGAUAUGAUUCCAUGGGGCCUGGUACAGCACUCCAAUUGAACCAGCCAUGUUCUCUGAAUAGUUCAACCCAACAUUAA